AUCAAGUAUCCUCAGUCCUGCUGCUGCAGACUCAAGAAUACCGUGACUUUUAGAAUUUUACGUUACACUCUCAACUUCUUAAGAUUCUUUUACUCAAUAGUAUACUGAAAGAGUUUUAUCAUUACACAGAAUGAUUUGCCGUUUAUAGAAAAGAAAAUUAUUUGCUCAGUGUCAUUGAUGAGCACUUUUGCAGUUGUUAAAAUGAUGUGGAUGAGAGUGUAAAUAGUGCUAAAUAACUCGAAUAAUAAGUGACAACUGUUUAUUUUCUCUCCAAAAAUCAAAACAAUGAGAUUUACAGCAACUUUAAUAUUAUUUUUAAUAAUAUCUACAUUCAAUCAGAGUAACGCACAAUGGAGACCUUGCGUGGAAUAUAAACGAGAUUUACAUUUACCUUGUAAAUGUUCACAAUCACCAGAACAUCCACGCUCAAUCCGUAUGGAUUGCGAUCGGGUUAUUUUCAACCGAGAAUCGUUGGAAAUCCUGCGAGAUCAACCAAUAGUAUCAAUAAGUCGUCGUAAUUGUGGCUACCAAAAGUUACCUGAAGAUUUAUUAAUGUCUGGUGUGCAACUAGAAAAACUGGAUCUUACUGGAAACUCAAUUCAAAGACUGAUGGAUCGUCAUCUGAUGUCUCAAAGGCAUCUAAAGGAAUUGAGACUUGGUGACAAUUUAUUGGGAGAUAAUCUUAAUCCUAUUUUCUCUACCAACGAAUUUCAUGAUCUAGAAAAACUUAAAUUAUUAGAUUUACGUGGAAAUGGUUUGAGAAGUUUGGAGGAGGGUAUUUUUAAAGGUUGCAUCAAUCUUGAAGAACUAUAUCUUGAUGAUAAUAAUUUGACGGCCGUUCCAGCUGACUCUUUAAAGGGUCCAAGGACUAUCAGAUUACUUUCGCUUGCCGGGAAUAAUAUUGGUUUUCUACCAAGGAAUGCCUUUGGUAAUUUGGGUGAAUCUCUCUUUCGAGUAGACUUGAGUCGUAACGAAUUAUUACAGAUGGAAGAUGAUGCUCUGGCUGGUUUGCAACAUCUGCUCUUCUUCAAUCUCUCUCGCAACGAUCUAACUCGAUUUAACAGCGACGUUUUCAAGGGCGCUCAUAAUUUGUUGCAACUGGAUUUAUCGACCAACUUUCUCCAAGAAUUUCCAUCUGAUGCUCUUCGACACUUGGAAAGAUUGAAAUUUCUCAACAUUUCUAACAACUUAAUAACCGAAAUCGAAAGGACACACUUGGCAAGUUUAACCGAGCUUCAAGUACUUGAUCUGAGCAAAAAUAAUAUAGGACGUCUUGGAGUAAACGCCUUCACCAAUCUCACGGCUCUUACCCGGCUUGAUUUGAGUUUGAAUGCUUUACGAACGGUUGAAGAAUCGGCAUUUGAAGGAUUAACCAAUUUAAAAUGGCUAUCUCUUCAAGACAAUAAUAUUUUACUCGUUCCUGCCGCAGCUAUAGAUCGACUACCGUCACUUGCACACUUACACUUGGAAUUCAAUCGAAUAGCAGCCAUUUCAAAUGAAUUAUUACGAUCAGCAAUAACUAAUCUUGUUUCAUUAGCAAUGACAAGAAAUCUUGUACGUGAAAUUCCAUCAAGAAUGUUUUUAAACUUUGACAAACUCAUCAGUAUUGAAUUAUCAGGAAAUAUGCUCUCCUCUAUUACUCAACAAAUGUUUGUUGGACUUGAAGAUACUCUUUUAAACUUAGAUUUAUCAAACAACCGUUUAAUUUCAGUAUCACCGCUAAUGUUGAAGAAUUUAUUGUCUUUAAAUUUAGCAUCAAAUCAUCUUAAACGUCUAACUCCAGAUACUUUCAAUAAUUUAUCAAGACUUAAAUAUUUAAACAUAAGUGAAAAUCCUCUUUAUGGAGGUUUCCCACCUGUUUUUCCAUCGUCUUUAGUCAUAUUGGAUGCUUCUAGGACAGGAUUAAAAAUUCUUCCUACAGUCUUACUACUGAAUUUGGAUUCUUUAUCAAAAUUAUAUCUUUCUCAUAAUCAUCUUCAAGAAAUCGGAGAAGGAACUUUUCAGCAUCUUUAUAAUCUUACUUCGAUUGAUCUUUCAUAUAAUAUUAUCGAAAGAAUUGAUAAUGGAGCAUUUGUAGGAUUAAUCAAUCUUUAUAAGCUUAACUUAAAAGGCAAUAGAUUAACUUCAUUUGCUGGAGAAUAUUUUAAUACUGGAACUGGCUUGGAAAUACUUGAUUUAUCCGACAAUGCUAUCAGUUAUGUUUCACCAACAGCCUUUAUUAUUCAUCCUAGGUUAAAAGAGCUUCGACUGAAUGGUAAUAGAUUUGCUCGCUUUCCCAGUGAAUUUAUUAAGUCUUUACAAUUUUUACAAGAAAUUGAUCUUUCAAAGAAUGCUUUAAAAAAUGUAGGAGAGUUUGCAUUUGCUCAAAUGGGUAGACUUCAAAAACUAAAUUUAUCGAAUAAUAAGAUUGAAUCUAUUGAUGAAUUAGCUUUUCAUAAUUCUACACAAUUACAAAUAAUUGAUUUAUCCAACAAUGUUCUUGAAAGUUUAAGUGAAAGGACAAUGGAAGGAGUUUUGAGAGUUGAAUUUUUGGAUUUAUCCAACAACAAAUUAUCAUCACUUCCUGAUACCAUUUUUGAUGGAUCAAAGAUUAAAACUGUUGAACGAAUAAAUUUGUCUAAUAACAAAUUUGCAGAAAUUCCUACUCGUGCUUUGCAACGACAAUCAAUUUCACUUCAUCAUUUAAAUAUGGCAAAAAAUAAACUUGUACAAGUUUUUACGCAAGAAAUAAUAAACAGUGUAAAAGAGUUAGACCUUUCACAAAAUCCAUUAAGUGAAAAUGCAAUCGAAAGUAUCUUAGGAGAAGCAAAAAUUUUGCGAGCUCUUAAUUUAGCUCAAACAAACAUAAAAAAUAUUUCUCGAUUAGAGACUCCAUUUUUGAAAUCAUUAAAUCUCUCUGGAAAUAAUUUAACUACUGUACGAUCAAGUGCAUUAGAGCGAGCAACACUUUUACAAACACUGGAUUUAUCUUUCAAUAAUAUCAAUGACUUUACAAGCUUUGCAAAUGUGUAUAAAGUUCUCCCAGUGUUAAGAAAUUUAGAUAUAUCAGGUAACAAAUUUAAAUACGUUAAUGAAAGUAGUUUUGAAGGCUUGGAUAAAUUACGUGUAUUAAAAAUGUUUAGCCUCUCAGAAGUAAUAAGAAUAGAGAAGAAUGCAUUCAAAUUCUUAAACAAAUUAAGAAAACUUAUAGCUUAUGAUUAUCCUCGAUUGGGAUAUUUUGAUGUUCAAGGAAUUCUUAAAGAUAUGCAUAAUCUUGAAAUAUUAGAUGUUGAAAUCAAAGAUUCUUCAGCUGGUAACGAUUUACUGACAAUUAGAUCUCAUCCUCGUCUUCAACAAUUAACUUUGCGUGGUGAAAGACUCAAAAAUAUACUUUCUAGCACCUUAGUAGGUGUAAGAAAUCCUCAUCUAAAAAUUGGUCUUAAAAAUUCAUCAAUAGAAUCGUUGCCUGCUGCUCUUUUUUUUCCAGUGCCACGAUCAACUCAAGUUGAUCUGGACAUCUCUGGAAGUAAAUUUUCAACAAUUUCUGCCCAGUUUAUAACAGCUUUAGAUGAGAGAAAUGGAAUGGUGCGAGUACGAGGAUUAGAAACUAACCCGAUUAAGUGUGAUUGUGAAACUAAAAAUUUAUGGAGAUGGUUAAGAAUAAUUUCCAAUAAUCUUCAAGUUCGUUGUAAAAGUCCUGAGCAUUUAGCUAAUAAGUUAUUAAUGGAUUUAACUGAAGAUGUUUUAUCAUGCGAAAGAAUAUCUACAAAGCCGCAAAUGACUCAAACUACACCAGGAACGCGGCCAAUUGGAUCAUCAGAACCAGAAAUUAUUUGGACUGUAGCUCCAACUGUAACUGAUAAUAGAAAUAAAAAUUAUCAAGAUAAAAAUGGUCUACCUGUUACUGGAACGACUGACGAUACUUUAAUAAUUGGAAUAGUCGGAGGAGUCGUUGCUUUUAUCGCAAUUGCAAUUAUUAUAAUAUGCAUUUGUCGGUUAAAGUGGAGCAGCCAAGUAAACGAAGCUAGAAUAAAUGGUAUGGCAUCAAGUAUUCAUGAUACUUCAGUUAUUCAACCUGCAAGUGUUUAUUCCGGAAAAAUGAACCAUGAAGCUUAUAUAGGUUCUUAUAAUAACUCAACAUUAGGCCAUGGAAAUGGACAUACUGGUCCAAAUACUCCGGUUCAAAUAGUACCUUAUGUGCAACCAAUGCAUGUCAUGCAUCCUGUAACACCGCCACAACCAAUAUAUGGUUAUUACGGAGAAAAUCCUUCACAUUUACCUAUGUAUGUCUGCGCUUCCGACGAUAAAUUUAAUAGAUAGUUAGUACAUGUUCCUUUUAUUUAAUUAAAAUUAUUCAUAAAUGAUCUAUAACGAAUUUAUGCAAUAAUAUUGCAUUUAAAUUUUAUUUUGUAAAUAUAUAUUGAAGAGUUUAUUUAUAUUAUAUAUCAUAUGAAAUUUUGUAUAAUUAUUACUGUAAUAAUUAUUAUUACUUUUAUUAUGAACAAUAAGUAAUAUUGGAAUUUUUUUUUUAUAAUUACGAAUUUACUCACCCACUUUAUAUUACAUUAAUUUGUAUUAAUUAUGCAAAGUACAAUCCAUACCGUGUAAGGUUAUAAAAAACAUGAGUUAUAUAGUAUUAUGAAGAUGACUGAAGAAUUAUUUUAUACAGUAACUUCAAAAUUAUGAUGAAGUUUUUACAGGUAAAAUGAGGCUCACAUGUACUCUUCCGAUUAAUAUUAAUCAUUCAAUUAUCACGUAGUCUCUGUACAUAUUGAUCAAUGUACAAGCAGUAAAUUUCUUUUUAUUUUUUUACGAUCAA